CGGUAGUUAGGGAAAUCUUGGAGAGGGCCGCCUAAACUGGUAACCAAGAAACUCUCACAGCCCUUUGAUUCACCCGCAGGUGUUUAAUUCGGUCGUAACUUGGACCGCACAACAUUUUAAAGCAAUUCAAUAUUUAGAGCAGAAUCUGUAACAACAUCGGCGGGAAAAUAAGAAAUGAUUUCUAAAACUGGGUUGGUUGCGAUAUGAUGUCUGACUGUUUCUGACUGAAAAUACUUAACAAAGAUUAUGACUCGGAGUGUUGGACAGUUCCUUUAAAAACAAAUCUGCUUUUAAAAGGAAAUAAAACAAAUUUGUUGUUUCAGUGAAACAUCCUUGCAGUUUGCCACAAUUCCCAAAUUUCAGACAUGUCACACAGUGCCUACAACAAGAUUUGGGCUGAAGCUCAGGAGGCCAUUGAUGUUCUCUUACAACAUGAAAUACCAGAGCAGACUCCCAAGCCGGAAAAAGAUCGUCUUUUAGUCUUUCAGAUGUUAGCCAACUUCUAUAUCAAGUACAUACAGAUCUUCCAAAAUUUAGAAGUGGCUUAUUCACAAAUUGUACAUCCUCAGAAAAGGCGUGUGAUUCGGCAUGUCCUGGAUGGGGUGAUGGGACGAAUUUUGGAACUGAAGAAUGAAAUGGUUGAGCUAGAAUUCUCAGAGUUUCACUUUUUUGAUGAUGUCUUGCAGGACCUUAAACUGACUCCUGAAGAAACUGAGAUCCCUAUUCCAAAAUAUUUCAUCACUGAGAAGCUGAAGGUUCUUAAGGACAGAGAGAAAAUUCUGGCUCAGAUUUUAACUAGCAGUGAGGCUCCUCAGACUGAAGUGAAGAAAACAGUGAAACCUUUAUCAAUAGAGGAAGCUAUCAAGAUUAUUCAAAUUGCAGAACGAGCUCGACAAGGUCAUUUGAGAGCCCGCUUUAUGAAAGAAAUACGACUAGAAGAACUCAGGGAGCAGCGGGCAAAAGAACGUGCCACAAUAACUUUGGAUUCUGUCCUUGCAGCAAUUCGCAUUCAAAAGCUGUGGCGUGGUUACGUACAAAGAAAGAAAACCAAGAAAGAACGGGAAGAAGAGAUGGUAUUUCUGGGAAUGGCUCCACUUACACAGGUUCACUCUCCUAGGCCAUCUCAGCUGCAGAAGCUAAAAGUUGAUGCUCUGAGACAGGCGGUACAGGAAGAACAUGAAGCUGAGUUCCAGCAGGCCCUGGUCAGUAUCAAAACAAAUGUGCGAGACCUGGAAGGGCAAGAUAUUAAAGAUACUCUUCAAGACCAAGUCCGACAGUGGUUUAUUGAAUUUUUUGCAUAA